AUGGAACGUGAGCAUGAACGUGAGCGAAUGGCACAUGAAAAGCCACUUAAGGAAAUGGAGGUAAGAGAUGUAAAGUCUGAGCAUAGGGAGCGCACAAAUUAUGUUAAGGCACCUAAGUUACUGUCAUUUAAUGAGACCAGGGAUCAGAUGGAUUCGUACCUUAACCGCUUUGAGAGGUAUGCUAGUUCUCACAAAUGGGACAAGUCUACAUGGGCUCUUAAUCUGAGUGCAUUACUCAAGGGUAAGGCAUUAGAUGUUUACGCAAGGUUGCCCUGCGAUCAUUCUCUUAAUUAUGAUGUCCUUAAGACUGCACUACUUAAGAGAUUUGAUCUGACGGAAGAUGGUUUCCGGCAUAAGUUUCGGUCCAGUUUGCCUGAAUACGGUGAGACAUUUCUUCAGUUUAUUAAUAGGUUAUCAGGGUAUGCGGAUAGAUGGAAUGAGCUAUCUAAAACUGAAAGGACGUUUGAAGCUGUGCGUGAUCUUUUGUUGCGUGAGCAAAUAUUAAAUAUAUGUACUAAGGAUUUGGCUCUUUUCCUCAGAGAGCAUGUACCCAGAGACGUAGCUACAAUGGUAACGCUCGCUGAUCAGUUCCGUGAAGCACGGGCGGUAAGUACAAAAUCCUUGUGUUCUUCUUUUAACAGGUCACGUAAUCCAGAGCAUAACGCACCAGGAAACAAAGGCCAUAUUCAUCGAGGCAACCAGAGUGGCAAGAGUGACAACAGACCGGCAGAUACAAAAGGAAAAGGUGACAGUGCCGGACGUCCUCAGGGUGGAAAUUUUAGACGUUGCUACCGUUGUGGACGACAAGGUCACAUAUCUACUGACAGUAUUUGUCCAGAUAGAAACAAGAAGAGUGCAGCAACGGCGUCAGUGCAAAAGGACGGGACUGAAAAGGAAAAGGUUUGUGCUGCCUUUCUUCCGGUUACAAAUACAAGUUUAUACUCGAAAGCUCUAUGUACUUCGUCUGAUAAUGUAAUGCCAACGGCUGAAGGAUUGCUUGGUAAUCGUCAUGUUAAGGUGUUGCGAGAUACAGGGUGUAGCGGAGUCAUUGUGAAGAAGGCACUAGUUUAUAUAGAUGAUAUUACAGAUCGUCCACAGACUUGUCUGAUGGCUGAUGGUUCUAAGGUCACGGCUUCCAUUGCCCGUGUAAGUAUAGACACACCAUACUUCUCUGGUGAUAUUGAAGCUUGGUGUAUGGAAAACCCUCUGUUUGAUGUUAUUAUUGGAAACAUUCCUGAUGCUAAGGCUCCAGUUUUACAGGCAACCGGCGGCUCAGCAGCCAGAGUGACGGCGGUGCAGACUCGACUGAUGAAGAAAGAUGAAAACGAACGUCAGAAGUUCAAACGCAUGAAAGCUCCAACGUUGAUUGAUAGCAGUGCAACACCAGACGACAUCAUGAAAGCGCAACAGAGUGAUGCGACAUUGGAGAUAGUGAGAGAAUACGUGACUAAACCAGGUACCCAUAAGGCCAAGUUUGUCAUCAUAAAGGGUAUCAUUUAUCGGGAGUUCGUUUCGCCAUCAGUUGACCACGGCAAAAGAUACUUGCAGAUGGUAGUACCGAAGAAUUACCGUGAAAAGGGUCUUGCGCAUGAUUCCAUUAUGUCUGGACAUUUAGCCGUCAAACGUACCGUAGCUAAGGUGCUGUCAGAGUUCUACUGGCCUGGGGUACAAGCGGACGUGAAGCGCUACUGCCAGUCUUGUGAUGCAUGCCAGAGGACAAUACCGAAAGGAAAGGUAACCAAGGCUCCUUUAGGUAAGAGGUUACUAAUCGAAACACCUUUUCAGCGAGUUGCCGUAGAUAUUGUUGGUCCGAUAGAGCCCGGGUCUGCAAAGGGAAACAUGUAUAUACUCACCUUAAUGGAUUAUGCCACCCGAUAUCCUGAUGCUGUUGCUCUACCCUCUAUAGAAGCGGAACGAGCAGCUGAAGCGUUGGUAGAGAUGUUUUGCCGUCUAGGUGUACCAGGGGAGCUCUUGACAGAUAUGGGCACGCAGUUUACUUCAGAUGUUAUGAAGGAGGUAAGUAGAUUGCUUUCUAUAAGACAGCUUACCACAACACCGUACCAUCCCAUCUGUAACGGACUGGUUGAGAAGUUCAACGGCAGAAUGAAGCUUAUGUUAAAGCGUUUGUGUUUGGAAAAGCCCAAGGACUGGGACAGAUAUCGUGGAGCAGUUUUGUUUGCCUACAGAGAUGCUCCACAGGAGAGUUUAGGGUUUACACCUUUCGAGCUCAUCUAUGGUCGACAGGUGAGGGGACCUAUGAAGAUACCCGGGAGCUGUGGACCAAGGAUAUUCAGGACCAAGAGGGACGCAAUAGUACACGGUGUCGAAAGUGUUGGUGUUGUCGAUGACUACAGUGAAGAGUCACCCAACGACGAGGAACAAUGCAUAGUGGAGCCGCCAACGUUGUCAACAGGAAAAGGUAAAGACUACCACAUAAGCGAACAACUGUCUCCAAAUGAGGUUGAGCGUCUGAUCGAUAUGUUGGAAUAG